CACUUCGCUGUAGUAAUUAUAUUAACGUGUGUACAUAAUGAGAUAACCGGAGCCUGCGACGUGUUUAGUACUGCGUGAUAAAAUAAUGUUCUCAAUGUGACUUUAUCGAAAAAAAGGCUAUGUAUUAAUUUGCACACAUUUCCCCACCCCUCCGUAACCACAAUGGCUCUUUCCAUCAUGGCCGCCAUACGCUGACCGUAAAUAUCAACCCUCCGAAACAUUCUUUGAUAUACAAUCAGUGCUUUUCGUUAGCUGCGUUCAAUUCUCGUAAUUUGUUCCACUUCCAAUCUAAAACGUUUGCGUUAAAAAACCGUGAAAUCACAACCGCCGAUGUUUGCGCGUGAGAGUAAUUCGGGGCGGUUUGGGCCCAGCGGGUUCGCGGUCUCUACAAGCGGAGCUGCGUGUGCGUGUAUUUGGGCGCGCGCGUGCGUGUAUUGAUAGAGCUGAACCACAGCUGGACACCACUGUGGCCCUUCUCGCACCAGUUCCCCCAGACGCUGCCAGGUGUUUGCCACACGGCACCAUGAGCGAGCUGAAGGACUGCCCCCCACUCAAGUACUACGACUUCAAGCCCGUCGAGCACGUCAAAGUGUGCCCCCGCUACACCGCCGUGCUCGGCCGCUCGGAGGACGAUGGCAUCGGCAUUGAGGAGCUGGACACCCUGCAGCUGGAGCUGGAGACGCUGCUGUCCUCGGCCAGUCGCCGCCUCCGGGCCCUGGAGGAGCAGAGACAGAUCCUCACAGACUGGCAGGACAAGAAGGGAGACAAGCGCUUCCUGAAGCUGGGGAAAGACCCUGACCCGGCUGCCUCGUCUCGCCACAAACCAAAAAAGCAGAAGUUGGACGGCAAAGGCGGUCACGCACCAGGUCCAGGUCCCGGCAGGCCCAAAUCCAAAAAUCUGCAGCCCAAAGUCCAAGAGUAUGAAUUCACUGACGAUCCACAAGACAUUCCCCGCACUCCUAAAAACGAUGCACCCAACAGAUUUUGGGCAUCAGUCGAGCCGUAUUGUGCCGACAUCACGAACGAAGAGAUACGAUUGCUCGAAGAGCUCCUGAAACCCCCGGAGGAUGAGGCUGAGUAUUUCAAAAUUCCAGCUCUGGGGAAACACUACUCUCAGCGGUGGGCUCAGGAAGAUCUGCUGGAGGAGCAGAGGGAAGGAGCACGAGCUAAUGACAAGAAGAAGAGCCUCAUGGGGGGUCCGCUGUCGGAGCUGGACGCAAAAGAUGUGGACUCCUUGUUGAAAAAGUCUGAGUCCCAACAUGAAUCUCCAGAGGACGGAUGUCCCUUCGGUCCUCUCACCCAGCGUCUGCUGCAGGCCCUCGUAGAGGAGAACAUUAUAUCCCCCAUGGAGGAUUCACCCGUACCGGACAUUUCAGGGAAGGAUGCUAAUGACGGCGCUGGGACGUCUCCUAGAAGCCAAGGAAAAGCUUUCAGUGUUCCUCACACGCGUUCUCUAGAGGCCCGGAUCAAAGAGGAGCUGGUCGCCCAGGGGCUGCUGGACUCCGAGGAGCGACCCGGACCAGGAGGAGACUCCGAGGAUGAGAUCCUGGCAGAGCUGCAGAAGAGGCAAGCGGAGCUCAAAGCCCUGAGUGGUCACAACCGAGCCCGGAAGCAGGAGCUACUCCGGUUGGCAAAGGAGGAGAUGCGCAAGCAGGAGCUCAGGCAGAGGGUCAGGGUGUCUGACAACGAGGUCAUGGAGGGAUUUCGGCGAAUCAUGGCAGCCAGGCAGAAGAAACGCACUCCAACCAAGAAGGAGAAGGACCAGGCCUGGAAGGCACUGAAGGAGAGGGAGAGCAUCCUCAAGCUGCUGGACGGGUAGAAGUGGAGCCGGUCCGUGUCGGGCGGUUCCCCAGAAAGAAUUGUGUUCCCCCACAGGUUGACACAAAUCAAGAAUUGCUGUGACAACUGUUAGAUGGUCAGCGAACAGCUGUAUUUAUGAAUUUAUGAUGAUGUGCGACAUGUGUGUGUGUUUACUGCAGGUCUGCGUGAUUUGAUUAGGGACAUUUCUGUAGUAGUUUUAGUUUUUUUUCGUCAUGUACAGCGGAACGCUCGACUUGAAACACGUCAGUCUUUUCUUUCUCUUUCUCUCUUUGUCAGUUUGAUUUUUCUAUGUUGCUCUUUCUUUUACCAUUGUAAUGUUAUGAAAACACAGAUGUUUGAAUAAAUCAGUACCAAUUGUG